AUGCCCUCCAGGGCCUCCCGCUCCUCCUCCAGCGCGCGCCGCUCGUUCUCGUUGACGGCACGCGCCGUGGCGACGCAUGCCUCAAAAAGGCGCCUACCAACGGCAAGUCUCUCCCUCUCCACGGCGAGGGCGGUGCGGCUCGCCUCAAGCUGCAUCAUUUCCCCCGCCACGACCGCCUCCAGCCGCCCGAUCACCUCCCGGGCGCUCCCUAGCACGACUGGGAGAGGGUCGGCAGGCCGGUUAGGCGACGGCCGGGCGCUGGGUCCCCUGCGAGCGUCCUCCGAGGGGCUCGAGGUCCCCAAAAACUGUCAUGCAGGCACCGCCCAUGAUGAGGUCGUCCGCCCCACGCUCGACGCGCUCGGGCCGGGCUCAGCCAGCGCCGGUUGCUCGGGCGCGACCGCUGCCACCCGCUCGGGGCUGGGCGGCGCCUGUGGCUCGGUCUCGACUGGCGCGCUCAGCUCAGGCGCGCUCGGCUCGGGGGCUAGAGCCAGUCUCGGCACCUCCGGCUGUCCUUGGUCUCCGGGGCGUCCGUAG